AUGGGUACCAAUUUUCCACUUUUAUGUACAAUUGCUACUUUGUCUUUAGCUACAGGGUAUUAUAUUGGUCAAUCUAUUCCACUGGAAAGGAAAGAUAACAGCAAACAUGAAACUGUGAAACAAAAUGAUCAAGAAACAAAGGAUUCUCUUGAAAGCGAAGGUGAAUAUGAGAGUGAAGAGGAUUAUGAGAUCGACUCAAACUCUUUAAAUCAUGUUCCUGGUGAAGUUAGAAUGGCAUUAGUUAUUCGUCAAGAUUUGGGUAUGCAAAAGGGUAAAAUUGCAGCACAAUGUUGUCAUGCAGCAUUAGGAUGUUAUAGAAUGAUUGCCACUGAUCCAUCACGCAGUUCGUAUAAUCCUGCUAUGGUUAACAGAUGGUUAAGAGGAGGACAAGCAAAGAUUACAUUGAAGUGUCCAAAUAAAGAUGUUAUGGAUGAACUAUAUGCAAAAGCUAUUUCGUUAGGUGUAAAUGCUAUUGUUAUUCAUGAUGCAGGUAGAACUCAAAUUGCUGCUGGAAGUGCCACUGUUCUUGGUCUAGGCCCAGCUCCAAAGGAUAUAUUAGAUCAAAUUACUGGUGAAUUGAAAUUAUAUUAA